CAAAAUUACUCAUCUGUAGGUGUGAUCAAGCAUUCACAGCAUCCAGUCUAGAUUUAGGUGACUUAUUUUAAGCCACCUGAACCUAGACCAGGAGUGGCAUGUGUAGCCUUUUGUUACUGCCAGGAGUGGUGUGGGUAAGUAACUCAGGAUGGGAAAGGGGCUGCCAGGUCUAGGGUGUUAUCUGGACUGGAAAUAGCACAGCCUUAGGGCUAUGCCACAUGCAGUUCCCAUGUGUUUGCUAGUUACUAGAUUGAAUUAACCCCUUCCUAAACCAGAUGAACCCUUUCUCAAUCUAAGUUAGUGCACCAAAUCCAAUUUUGUGGCCAAUUAAACCCUCCUGAAUGCCUGAAUGAGUGGGUGUUUAAAUCGACAUAACCAUGAUUACAUUAAGCUAAAUGUGUAAUGCCUGUAUUUACCCUGCAUCUGCAGGAUGCUGAGAGUGAAAGUGACUAAAAAAAUAAGACUGAAAGCAGACCUUGGUUUUCACUGUACUGAAGACAGGUGAAAAAUAGAGAGAGCUUAGUUGUGUUAGUCUGAAGUCAGUGAGAAGGCAGGGUAGGUAUGCACCGUUAUAGACUAAAGAAGAUUAUAUAUGUAUAGAGCACAAGCUUUUGUGGGCUGAAAUUCACUUCAUCAGAUGCAGUGAACAGUGUGAGGUAAUAAACUGUUCUGAGGUGGCAUUAUUGUCAAAAGAAGCUUGUUUGUAUAUAGAAUGAGUUGAGUUUUAGAAAAAAUGUUCAGGAAUUUCAAUAUGUUAUCAUUUUGCGUCUAAUCUGUUUGAGAGGCGAGGAUGUUGUAUCUGUUUUUUCUGUUUCUCUAUUAUGCAAGUAGUUUGCGUAGUUUGCUGUUUUCCAACAAAAUAAGUGAAAAUGAUAAGUUACAUUAUUUUUUUAAACCCGCAGGUACCCAAACUCUUGACAGAUUGCGUACCACCAAUUUAAAACGUAUUGACUAUAGGUAGAAGAAUACAUGUUCUCUUUUAGUGAAGAGGAGCAUGUUCCCAAAUUCCUCCAACUUGGGUCGUCCACCCUUCCCUCCAAAACCUCAACAGCACAAUAACUUCUUCAAUAAGCUUCCACUGAACAUACCACCCACUCUUCUCUCUCACCAGCAAAUUAUAGAUGCUCAGUUCAACUUUCAGAAUGCAGCUCUUUCCAGAGCACUCUUGAGUGGGAACCUCACAGCUAUCCCAGCUGUUUCACCACAGCCAUUGACUUAUGGAAAUGGCAACUCCAUACGUACUUCGGCUGCCUCCACAACAUUUCGGGGUAGGAAGAGGCUAAAUGAACAAAAUGUUCCAUAUGAUGUCAAACGGCAGCGGUUUCAUUCACCCCAUCGUGACUCAACUCUAGUUAACCAAACAGUGCCUUUACCAGAAGAACGUAGAUACUCCUUUCCAGGAUCAGUUCCUUCGCCAUUGUUUCAUACGCAUUAUCUACCAGAUUUGACUGGUUGUGUCCCUCCCUUGCAAGAUUCAUUUCCCGACCCUAUAGAAACUACGCUUCCUGUGGCCAAAGAUAAGUUAAGUCAGCAGGUUCUGGAGUUGUUUCAAGCCUGUCAGCAACAAACCUGUGACUUGAACAAAAAAGAGCUCUGCCGAACGGAACUCCAGCGGGAAAUUCAGCGAAUUUUUCCACAGGGCAGACUCUUUUUGGUUGGAUCCUCACUGAAUGGGUUUGGUACUCGUAGCAGUGAUGGUGAUUUGUGCCUCGUGGUUAAAGAAGAGCCAGUAAAUCAGAAGACUGAAGCAAGGCAUAUACUCAGCUUAGUCCAAAAACUCUUCAGUACUAAACUUUCAAGCUACAUUGAGAGACCUCAGCUGAUUCGAGCAAAAGUGCCAAUAGUGAAAUUCAGGGAUAAAGUCAGCUGUGUGGAGUUUGACUUGAAUGUAAACAAUGUUGUAGGAAUAAGAAAUACAUUCCUUCUCAGAACCUAUGCAUACAUUGAGAAUCGAGUUCGUCCAUUAGUACUCGUUGUUAAGAAGUGGGCAAAUUUUCAUGACAUUAAUGAUGCCAGUCGUGGUACUUUAAGCAGCUAUAGUCUUGUGUUGAUGGUUUUGCACUAUUUACAAACCCUACCUGAGCCCAUCCUUCCGUCACUCCAAAAAAAUUACCCUGAAUCUUUUGAUUCUACUAUGCAGCUGCACCUUGUACAUCAAGCUCCACGCACCAUUCCUCCUUACCUCUCCAAAAAUGGAUCAAGCCUUGGAGACUUGUUAGUGGGCUUCUUUAAAUAUUAUGCCACAGAAUUUGACUGGAGCAGUCAGAUGAUUUCAGUUCGUGAAGCCAAAGCUAUUCCAAGACCUGACGGUAUUGAAUGGAGAAACAAAUUCAUUUGUGUAGAAGAGCCUUUUGAUGGAACAAACACAGCUCGGGCUGUGCAUGAAAAGCAGAAGUUUGACAUUAUCAAAGACGAAUUUCUAAAGUCAUGGCAAAGGUUACGAGACAAGAAAGACUUGAACUGUGUAUUACCUUUAAGAGCAACUAUACAGAAAAGAUAACUGGCUACUUCUUUCAUUGUCUCCUUAUUGGAUUCUGCUGAAAUAUAAAGAACAAUAUUACAACUCAAGAUGCAGUUACCCCAUGGUUUUUUAUGAAGUGUUUUUCUCUUUCAAGUUUUUGUUAAGGAAAUGUUUGUAAGAAAGAUUGCAUAUUUUAUUAUGACAUUUGUUAAUACAACCUUUCAUUCAAAGAUGCAUUUUUUUCUGAAAAUGCCUACAUCAGUGACAUGUAUAAGAGGAAGAGACCAUUACAACCCAAAUUUCAGACCACAGAAAUCUAAGGAAAGAAAUGGAGUGUAUUGAUCUGUUGUUACCAUCAGCUGUGUAUUGGUUAAUUCAGUCACAUAAAAUAAAGAAAUAAAAAGCUAGCAAAUGUGUGAGUCCAACUAUUUUUAAGGCAUUGCACACAAUACACAUGUCUUGGAGGAUAAGCAGCCCGUGCUUAACAACUGCUUAAUGCAGUAUGCACUUUUGCUCUACUUGGCACUUUCCAGUUUUUAUUUCCCUGUUAUAUGGAACAACAGUAAAUUAAUCACAGUAAAACUAGACACUAGUUGUUAUAGUGUUCUUGAUGCCAAGAACUGUAAUUCAAACUGGAAUUUUUAAGCAGCAGGGCUACUACAAAACAGUUGAAAUAAUCAGUGGCAAAGCAAUCCAUGUAAGCGCAUAAUAUUCGCACAGAGUAGGUCAGAUACCUUUUUGUGUUUUGUUUCCAUAUGCAAAGUAGUAGUGAUAGCUGCUAUAAAGCUGCUAAAAUAAGCCAAGUUUUUGUUUUGACUUUGUGUAAAUAUUUGUAAAUUGGUCAGCUGCUGUAAAUUUAAAAUUUAAAAAGUAAUCUUGAAAAUUUUAACUUUUCCAAAAAACAUGUGAAACUUCUUUUAGAACUGCUGUAGCACAGUUUGUGCCUCUCAUGUGUUUGUUAUUGCAGACAAGAUCACAUGUUAAAAUUGUUACUUAUCAUUGAUGUCAAAUUCAUAUAUUUUCAUUUUUUUUAAGUUUAAUAUUUUGUAUGGUGUCCAGUGGAAUAAAGUUUAUGUAUGGAAAAUUGA